AUGUCUACCGAGAACCGUGCCGACGCUCUCCGCGCCUACAUCGCCGAGCACCCCCGUUCCUCGUUCGAAAACAACCCGUGGGCCUUGAUGGCCGCGAUUGAACAUUUUGCCACCACUAAAUCCCACAUGAUUAUUUUUCGGGAAUCGAAGGUGAGAAUCGCCCGUGCCGCGCUGGAAGCCAUGCCCGUGAAACCAAAGGUGAUACUUGAAUUCGGAACGUACGUGGGUAACUCGGCCCUCGCAUGGGGUGCGAUCCUGCGAAGCCUUUAUGGGGAGGAUGCAGCUGCGCAGGGAUGCAGGGUGUAUACCUUUGAACUGGAUCCGGGGAUGGUAUGUGUCGCGCGGGAGUUUAUCCAGCUGGCUGGAUUGGACGAUCUGGUUCAGGUUUUGGAAGGACCUGCGGCGGAGUCGUUAAAGACGUUAUAUGAGGAAGGAAAGAUUGCUCGGGGUGGAGUGGACAUGGUCUUCUUCGAUCAUUGGGAGAAGUACUAUUUGCCGGAUCUGUUGUUGUGUGAGGACCUGAGGGUCUUUCGGGAGGGGUCGUUGGUCAUCGCGGAUAACACGGAUAUGCCUGGUGCACCGCGGUAUCUUAAGCAUGUGAGAUCGGGAGGUGGUGGAGGAUUGGGGAUGGUGAGGUAUGAGAGUAAGGCGUUUGAGAGUACAACGCAGAUAGGAGUACCGAGUAUUGUUGAGAUUAGCACCGUUCUUGAGACAUAGGAUGGAGAACCAUCCACGUAAAAAAAGCCAACCGUGCGAAGCUGUCGGAAAUGAUGCUUGGGCUGGCUCUAAUGGUUCUUGUUGGAAGGCAGGUCCAUUUCAACAGGAUGUAGUCGGUCUGGUUCGGUCUCGCAUAAUAAUGAACCUCACAGUGAAUGGUUUUCUGGUUCAAGCAUGAAAUGAAAAGAAGGUUGUCCAAGGUCCGUGGUAGACGUGGAGUCAAAGCUUCCCGAUCGGCUUGCGGCCUGAGAAUCAUGGCUGCCAAGCCGAACUACCAAUUUUUG